AUUCCACGACCCGAAAUGAACCGUCCCUUAAACCACACCUACAUUCUACCACUAAUAACAAGAGUACAAAGCUAUCCCUAGCCAACUAAACUCUCAUAAAAUGAAACAUAUUGUAGUUCGAAGCAAUUGGUUUCAGAAUUAAUACAUCUGGAUGACUUGACUUGUAUAAAGUAAAAACAAUAAAGAAUGCAUGUAUGAGAAACUUCAUAUACAAUACAUAUGAAUAACUAAAAUUUAAUCAUUUGUGUGCUAUGGAAAACAAAUCUCAUAUUUCUUAAUAUUAGGAUAAAAUAAUUCAAAAGUUUUUCAUGAUACUACAUAAACAUAAACUAAAUCAAUCAAAGAAAUCAAAAAUAAUAUAUUUUAUUAAUUUUGAGAGUAUAAAUACAACAUAUCGGUGUAUAACUGCAUCUGAGGCUAUUUCACGAGCUGAAACGCUUAGUUCAUUGUGACCUCCUCUAUCUCUCGAUUAAUUGAUAAAAAAAUUUGUGAUAAAGAUUAGUUGACAAAAGUUGAUGUUCAUAUUCUAGUGAAAGAUGACUCGCCUUCUAAAAAAUCAACAUACACUGAUGUCGACGGAAAAAAUGUAAUACGUGAAGAAAUUAGAAGAAAGCUGCAUGAAGAAGAGAAAGCUCUCAAGUGUGAAGGUGAGACUUGCAUAUCCAUAAAUCAAUAUCGUUUUGCAAUCAUUACAUUGUUAAUGUUUUCUAAUAAAAAUAUUUGCUUAUGCUGCCAAAGGAACAUAUUAUGGUGAAAGAUGAGUAGAUGACUCACCAUAUGAGACAGUAACAAACACUAAGGUUGAUAGAAGAAGCACGCAUAGAGAGGCGCUAGCUCGAACCAAGAAAGAUUUGAUACAUAAAGAAGAAAGAAGAAAACUGUAAGAAGAAGAGAAAGCUCUCACGUGUGAAGGUGAGACAGACUUGCCUCAAUAAAUCCACAUUGUUUUGAAUUGUUAAUAAUUCUUUUAUAAAACUCUUUGCUUAUGCUGCUAGAGAAACAUAUGCUGGUGAAAGACGACUAAUCAUCUGAAAAAGCAACAAAAACUAAGGUUUGUCAAACAAAACAAGAACGUCAAAAGAAGAAAAGGGAAGUGGAGAAGAAGAUGAGAUAUGACCUGACGAAACCAAAGCUGAUCUAAAAAACGAAGCAAAAGAACAAAUAGUAAAAGACUACAAAGACAACAAACGUUCUGUUCCUUUACUUUGGUUUUGUGUUAUUCUGUGAUCUUUUUCUAGUCAUAAUUGCAGUUACAACAAAAUUGUUUCAGUCGUAAGGUAUUUCUGAAAAUAGUUAGGUUGCUAAAUUGAGGUUGAAUACAUUGUAAUACCUUUUAAGGUUAAUGUUUUCUGAUGUGGCUUGCAACUGGUCUCUUGAUGUGAAAUGGUAUUCUAAAAGAUGUGUUAGAGACUACAAAGACAACUGGUUACUAUAUUUUGAGUUUUUGUUAGUCUUUACUUGAGAGCAAGUAAAAUGUUCAUAUCUAGAGAACUGAUAUAUUAGUGUUUUUACUAGUUUGAAAUCUAUGUUUUGAGUUUGUUUAUCGAGUGAAAAUAUGAAUGUUAGAGUUUUUAGUUAUUUAUCAAAUCCUUAUAGGUUUAACGUCUACUUGGAACAACAAAUGUCGAAUUGGAUGAAAAAUAAAGAUGCAGAACUGUGCAUAUGCGUUAUAAGUCUGACAACAAAUGGAAGAUUUCCCACCAAUUGAUAAAAGCUAUAUUGUAGAAUCGUUGUCGGUGAAGUUGUUCAUCAAUAUCGCAUAAAUCACAUAUGUUAUAAGUAGUUGAUCCUAAUUAUAUCUAAUAGAAAUAUAGAAUAUAUGAUAUAUUGACUAUUUAAUCAAUGUUAAAAAAAAAUCUUUCUAUUAGCAAAUAACUAACCAAGUUCAUAUUAAUGGAUGAAACAACCUCACCCCGAAUAAAGAUUAUUGCAAGAUUUUGAUUCUCUGGCUUUCCCUCGCCCAACUUCAGAAGAGCAGGUAGUAGUUUUGAAUAUAAUAUCUAUAUUUUCUUUUCAAUUUAGGAUUUCAUUUUUUUCUUUUUUCCUUUUUGGGUGUAACAGUUUGAUUGCAGUUCACUGGAAUAAAGAAUUAACCCGUCUCCCCCUCCCUCUUGCUGACACCUAUCCACGUAUGCUAACAUGACUUUAUUUUUAUUGAGAUUUUAAACCUAUGUUAAACUCCAUACAUUAGUAAGUAUAAUAUUGCAAUUAUACUAUCUUGGUCGAUCGGAUAAAUUCACAUGAUUUUUUUCUCAGGAAUAAUCAGAAUUAGAUAUGGGUUUAAAUAAAUCCAAAAAAUAGUAUAAGAACCAAAAUGCUGGAAGAUAAAAAAUCAGAUUUGUAUUGAAUUAGUUAAUAUACUUUUUUUUUGUGGUCCAUAAACAACAUAAUGGUAUGGAUGUUGGUAUCUGAAUCGUGUGUCGUAUUGGAUGGUUGUUGGUAUAUUCAAACAAAAAGAUUAUAGAAACUGAUGUUCUAUAGAUUUUGUUUAGUUGUUUAUAAGGGGAGAAAACGUGAGGAGAAAUCAUUGAGAGUUCAAUCGUUCCUAGUCAAUACGAAAUUUCCAACCCAUAGUCAAUAAAUCAUUUUGAAAAAUUCUAUAAGAAAUAAAGAUGUAUUAUUUAACUCUGUGACCAGAUCAAAAGAAGAUAAAAACAAUAGAAAUCACGGGGGCACUUCUUCCAAAAAGAUUUCGUGCAAAUACAAAAAUCAAAAUGGUAUAUUUUGUAGUGUAGGUAACAAAAAAAAAAACAGUGACACUAACCUAUGAAGUAUAACCGCAAAUGAAAUUUUUGAUUCCAUUUAUGUCGUACAAAAAGAGUUUUAAUCUUUGUCUACUUACUAGUUAAGUUUUUAGAUUCUAGAUGGGAAAAUCGAUGGGCCUCUACGGCUUCAGUUUUCAAGCCUCGACGACUGAUUAAUUUAUCUGUCCAGACAACAAAGAAAAAAAAAAGCUCAACAACAUAGGUUUGGUUUCUAAUGAUGGGAGGAAACCCAUCCAAGAAGAAGCAAAACAUUGAGUACGGUUCACCUACAACACCUGUACAAAUGAAGAUCAACUCAGCUUACACAGAACACUUAACCUCAUACGAACGAGCUUGCACCGAAGACCCAAAGCUCGAGUCUUUCGACUCAUCCCUUCACCGACGAACCAACCUCGUCAUCAACAACCUCGCAGCAUCAUCAGGCGUCGAGAUCAAAUCCCUCUCCUUCGAAUCCCUCAGAGAGGUGACGCAAUGCCUUUUGGACAUGAACCAAGACGUGGUCAAAGUUAUAUUACAGGACAAAGAAGACAUAUGGAGCAAUCAAGACAUGUUCUCUCUUGUCAACAUGUACUUCGACAGCACCGCGAAGACCAUGGACUUCUGCUCUGAGCUCGAGAGCUGUCUCAACAGGGCGAGGAGAAGCCAAGUGAUUAUAAAGUUUGCUGUCAAACAGUUUGAGGAAGAGGAAUAUAAGAAGACCCUUGAGGAGCUCAAGAGGUUUACGUUAGCUGGCGAUCCUUUUUCGAAAGAGUUCUUUGCACUCUUCGAUUCGGUGCAUAGACAUCAGGUUAUGAUGCUCGAGGAGCUUCAUAGGCUGAAGAGGAGGCUCGAUAAGAAGCUUAAGAGCGUCAAAACGUGGAGACGAGUUUCCAACGUGGUGUUCGUGACCGCGUUUGUCUCUGUGCUGAUCUUCUCGGUGGUCGCAGCAGCUGUGGCUGCGCCGCCUGUAGUGGCGGCGCUGGCCGGCGCGUUGGCUGUUCCUGUGGGGUCUGUUGGGAAGUGGUGCAACUCUUUUUGGGACAAGUAUGAGAAAGUGGUUAGAGGGCAGAAGGAGAUCGUUACGUCGAUUAGAAUCGGGACGUAUGUGUCGGUUAGGGAGAUGGAUAGUAUAAGUGUGCUUGUGCGUAGAGUGGAAGUGGAGAUUGGGUCGUUGUUGAAGAACGCUGAGUUUGCUGUUGGUGAUGAGAGAGUGGUGAGGCUUGCUAUAGAUGAGAUCAAGAAGAAGCUUGAUGGGUUUACUGAGACUAUUGAAGAGCUUGGGAAGCAUGCGAGUAAGUAUUGUAGCGAUGUGACGAAGGCGAGGACUGUGAUUCUGCAGAGGAUAAUCAGAUACCCUAAUGGUUCAACCACUGAAGAAGCUGCUUGGACCGAAAUGUUGUCGUGAGAAGGUGGAUUUCAGAUUAGUUGCUGGCUUUGAAGAUUGUUGAUUUGCUUUGUUUAGCACAAGUAUUAUUAUGAAUAGCUAAAGAGAAGUUAUCAAAGUAAAAAUGGAUAUUUUACUUAAUGUUAUUAGUUUCCCUGAUGUAACCUUUGCACAAUGCAUUAAUUAAACCUGUUGGAAGAUUUUAUGCGAUUGAAUCUUGUAUUUAUAUAUGUUUAUUAA